CCUGUAAUUCCACUGAUCACUUCAGUGUGGGUUUACGGGUUUUCAGAAAACGUAACUGCGCCGACAUGGACACCUAUGGAUUUUUUCGAAGUGGUCUCCUUGUGUUCCCCCUCUGUGUUUGUGUCAUUACUGGUAGUUCUAUAGGUACUUCAGUCAUAAAUUGUGAACAUGGAAGCAAUGAAAUGGUGGGUGAAGUGUCUGAAGGGUAUGGAGGGGAUGUGGAGGUGUUUAGUGGGAUUACUGAAGGAAGCAAUGUGAAGCUGGUCCCCUACAUCUUCCCUACACACCUGGAGUUUCUGGAGCUGGACUUCACGCUUGGAGCCACAAGCGCAAUUGUUCGCACCAAAAAGCUGCUGGACGCAGACGUACUGGCAGCUAGUGACAGAACGUUGUAUUACUCUGUCAUGUGUGAUGGUGUAAUUAAGUACAACAACACUCGAACAUUAAAAAUCAUUGACCUGAAUGACAACAGCCCGGUAUUUACAGAGCAUCACUACAGCACAGAUGUCUCUGAGGCGGUACCAGUGGACAGUGAGGUUCUUCGAGUGUCAGCAGUGGAUGCAGACAGCAGCCCAGCAAACAACAGGCUCACAUAUUCAAUUGCACCAGCUUCAGAUGACUUCAUGGUGACCAAUUCAGGGAGUUUUGUUUUACAAAGACGCCUGAACUACAACCUUGUCCAAAAGUAUAACUUCAUAGUGACAGCCCAGGAUCUUGGGGGCUUAAAUGACCGUGCCACAGUGUUGAUUAACGUAAAGGACUUUGACAACAUAAAUCCUUAUUUCAGCCACAACAUGUACCAAGCAUUUAUUCCAGAGGAACAGGCUGGGCCUUUUCGAACCAUUGGGCCAGAGGCGAUAAAGGCUCAGGAUGGAGACACUGGGAUCAACAUGACUUUAUCUUACACAAUCAGUGCAGUCACUCCAGAAAAGUAUGAAGGAAACUUUGGAAUUGAUUCCAGCAGUGGAGUUAUGUCUGUGCUGAUAGGCAUAGACAGAGAGGAGAUGAGCAGCAGUGUGAUCUCUGUCAGCAUCAAGGCAGCCCAGACAGACGACAGUUUGAAGACGGCAGAUACUGUGGUGACUGUGACUGUUGAGGACGUGAAUGAUAAUGCUCCAGAGUUUGACCAGCCUAACUACUCUGAAACACUCCUGGAAAAUUCUCCUGAUGGUGCUGUUGUAUUCAAAGCGAUGGUGGAUGACCCAGACCAGGGAGGAUUUGUGGGAACCUUACGACUCAUUCCAGAAUCAGCUCCAUUCUCUAUUGACUCUGACGGGAUGGUGAGAGUGAAGAACUCCUCAGCUUUGGACAGAGAGACCACUGAAAGCAUCACAUUUCAGAUUGAAGCAAAGGAGUCGGAAACACCCAACAAUGUUGCAGUGGCACAAGUCCAUGUUACUCUUUCAGAUGAGAAUGAUAACAGUCCAACGUUCACCAGUAGUAAAUAUGAAGGAAAGGUGUUUGCAAAUCAAACAGAGGGAAUGCUGCUCGUCCAGGUAAAAGCAGAGGAUCCAGAUGCAGGCCCAAAUGGCAGAGUCAAAUACUCUAUUGAGUUUGGAAACAACAAUGGCUAUUUCUCAAUUGAAGAAAACACCGGAGAGAUCAUGCUGGCUAAAACCAUUCCCCUGGUACAAAACAUAAUUAUGGAGUUCCCUCUCUACAUAACAGCGAGAGAUGAGGGCAUCAUAUCCCGCUCUGCCUCAGCACAGGUGAACAUCCUGGCUCCUGGUGACUCAAAACCUCAGUUUUUACAGAAAGUCUACAGUGGCACCAUAGAAGAAAACCAGGACCCAGGAGUUUUGAUUGUCAAGGUUAACUUCCUCUCAAUAAGUCAUGAGAUUCCUGUGACUCUCCAAGUCGAUACAGAAGCCGACAAGUUUGACAUCUCCUCUAGUGGUGAAUUAACCACAAAGGUUAAGCUCGACUAUGAUGACGCUUCACACAACUACUCUGUGGGGAUCUCCAUCUCUGAUGGUUUCAGCAGAGACAGUGCAGUGGUAGAGGUUCAGGUCACUGAUGUUAAUGACAACAGUCCGGUUUUUACCUCCAAUUCUGUCACAUCAUCUGUCCCAGAGGACACAGAGGUAGGACACAACGUUACUGUUGUCUCUGCUACAGACAAAGACAGCGGCUUCAACAAGGAGAUCAGAUACUCUUUAAAAGGAGGAGAGGGUAGGUUCUCUGUUGACCCUCUGUCUGGGAUGGUGAGUGUAGCUGCUGAACUUGACCGGGAGACCAAAGCAGAGUACAACCUGCUGGUGGUGGCUGAAGAUCAGGGUCGUCCUACCAGGUCAGCCACAGCCUCCCUGCUGUUACGAGUUUCUGACAUCAAUGAUAACGCCCCCCUGUUCUCAUCUGUUGAGUAUCAGGUUGAAGUGUUGGAGACGGAGUCCGUAGGUACAAGCCUGCUCACUGUAACAGCUGAAGACCCAGAUGAAGGAGCCAAUGGGAGAGUUAGUUACAAUAUUUUCCUUCAGAGUCCUCCAUCAGAUCCUGAAGUUUUUGAGCUGGACUCCUCCAGUGGGACUCUGCGGCUGGCUCAGCCUCUGAACUACAGCCAGGUGAAGGUGUACAGUCUGAUAGUUCAGGCCCUUGAUGCAGGGAGUCCCUCCCUGACUGUAAACAGCUCUGUAGUGGUGAAGGUGAAAGACGUGAACAAUAAUCCACCUGAGUUCAGCAAGGAAAGCUACGACAUAGCUGUCUUUGAGAACCUGGCCAGCGGUGCGUCCAUCCUGACCUUGGAGGUUACUGACAGGGACCAGGAUGGAUUCUCUAACGGUUACUUCAUGUUUACCAGCGAUACAUUUGACAUUAACACACAGGGUGUGGUCUCUCUGAGGAGGGAUGUCAGCCUGGACAGAGAGACAAAAGACAGCUACAUAAUAGAGGUGCGUGCGGUGGAUCAGCCGAGUUCUGGUUUGACUUCCACAGCUCAGCUCAACAUCACCAUCCUGGACUACAACGAUAACACCCCACAGUAUCCAACUAUCCCCAACCCCCUACAGAUCCCUGAAGGGGACUACUCGGAGGAAACUCCAGGAGAAGUUUUCACUUUCUUACCCACAGACGCCGACCUCGGCCCCGCGGGCGAGGUCACUCUCUCCCUCUCUUCCCCUCACCCGCUUUUCAGAUUCAGAGAGGACGGGACGCUGCUGGCUGUGGGACGACUGGAUCGGGAGAGCAGGGAGACGUAUGAGCUUGUUGUAAAGGCCUCUGAUAAAGGAAUCCCACAGAGAGAGAACGUCACCACCAUCAGAGUCAGCCUCAUGGACGUAAACGACAACCGACCUGAGUUCAGCUCCAGCAGCUAUGUCAGCAGCAUCCUGCUGAAAGAUGCAGAGGAGGGGAAGCUGCUGCUGACGCUGUCCGCCACAGACAGAGACGCCGGGAACAACUCACUCAUCACCUACAGUUUCUCUGCAGGAAGUUCUCCAUAUUUGGCUUUAAACAGCGAUACAGGGGCUGUGACCUUGACUUCUGACCUUGCCGAUGUCACAGAGGACACCUCACUGGUGCUGACGUCAAUGGCUGAAGACCACGGCCAGCCUCCUCUCAACUCCACAGUCCUGGUCGUUGUGAAUCUGAGGGUUGUCUCUCUGGUGGAGGGCGUGGCCUUCAGAAGCUCCUCCUACAACUUCAGCCUACAUGAGAACCAGCCAGUUGGGUCAGCCGUGGGGAUAGUCUGGGCCUCCUCAGGGAAUGAUCUUUACACUGUUUCCUACACUGUGAAAACACACACUGACCUGUUCUCCAUCAACGCCAGUGGAGCCAUCAUGACUAAAACUCCUCUGGACAGAGAGAAGCAGGAGUGGUAUAUCCUGGAUGUGGAGGCAGUGGACACACGGACCCCCCCUACAUCAGCCAUCGCAUUGGUCAGAGUUCAGGUGGAGGAUGUGAACGAGUCUCCAGAAUUUCCUUCUGAGGAUUAUAAAGCUUCAGUAUUCAGCAUCGCUCCGUAUAAAACUCCUGUUAUCACUGUCAAGGCCUCAGACCCUGAUGUUGGUGAGACUGGUCGGCUGCUCUACAGUCUGUCAGCCAAUAGUCCUUACUUUGACGUGGAUCCGUCUUCAGGAGUAGUCUUCGUUGUGUCAGCAGUGGCUCUGGCCGGACAGACCGUCGAGCUGCAGGUGAAGGCCACAGAUCCCAGAGAACUCCAUGCUACGACCAAGGUGGAGGUGGAGGUGCAGGGAAGUGCAACCAGCAAUGAUUUGGUCAUAAUCUCCCUGAACCUGCCUGCAAACACUGUGGAGAAGAAAAUCCCAGAGCUGGAGAAGUCUUUGGGAGCGGUUCUGGGCUGGACAGUGAACAUCAUUGAGGUUUCCUCUGACAACAGAGGAUCGUCUGAGUCCAGAGCUGUGAGAGUGGAGAUCAAAACUUUAGUCAGCUUCAUCAGUGUGGACGAGGAGGGGCUCGUUUCCUCUGAAAAAGUCACAGAGAAACUAAAGAAGCAAUCUGCUGCUGUGAGGGCGGAGCUUGUCAAAGUGUUUGGGGAGGAGCUUCAUUUUGAUGUUGAGGUGACGCCUCUAAGCCCCUCCUCCGACCAGGCUGCAGUCAUCUCUCUGGGCGUCCUGUUGGCGCUGAGCAUGCUGGGAUUGAUUAUUGCUGUUGUCUUUAUCGUCAGGUUCAAGAUGACGCACAACCAUGAAAAUGAUUCUGACAAAGAGAGUUUUGAGAUCGACCGACAUGGUGAAGGUUACAAGUACUGGUCUCAGAUGAACCCUGACGAAUCUGAACAGGGAGAGGACGAGCAGACAGCUGAGAGAGACAGACAAACCGUAAGCUUCAGUGUGAAUACCAAACAGGAUCGACUGACAGACAACAAAGACAGUGGCAAUAACGACCAAGGCUCUUCUCUCUGAUCUGCAGCUUUAAGUCCAUGAGUGCAUUCUGCAGUGUCACUAAAUCAACAACUUUGUAAUUACAUCCUGUCGAACAAAAUGCUUGUAAUUAACUGCUCAGUAAAAGUAUGUUAAUUUUUUAUGAGUAGUACCAUAGACUGUAUAAAAAGAUGGACAACAUCACACCUCCCCGAAAGUGAAGCCAAAACAUUUGGAGCUCCCUCUACUGACUGGCUGCAGUAUAGGUCUGAGUUCAGCCUCUUCAUGUUGACUGAUGAGUCAAACUAUAUAAUUAAAAUACACAUCAAAUAAUUGAUUUCUCAAAUGACUUCUGACAGUUCUUAUGCUGUUCUAUGUUUGAGUUAAAUCAGUUAUUUGAUGAUUAAAUAAGGGACAUAACACUGUCCUAACAACAUGUGAGCAUUGGAUAUUACGUAGCAUCGUGCACGGUGUAACGCUCACUAAUUAAUAAUACUAAUAAUUUAUUCUUUGCUGAGUUUUUGCUGAGUUUUUGUUACCCCUUGCAAACAGUAUAACAUCUAGUGCUUUUGUAUGGGGGGGGGGAGCUUUGUAUUAACAAGCCACUGACUCAAAUCACAACACUCAAGCUUGUAAAUAAACGAUACACAGUGAGGCUGAAUUAAGUUUUUCUUCGCUGUUGACACUGAUAUGGAUAUUAUUAAUGCACCACUAUCUCCACUUUGGAAACCAAGCUAACAAGCUGUGUUAACGUAUGAAAGCAAGUAUCAGUACCUUGUAGAGUCCCCUCCUUCCUGGUCCAUGGAGAGAACUUUGACAUUUUAUCAGUAAUUCAAUGUGUGUAACGUAGACUCUGGUUCCAAAUGUGAAAUCUGUCAGUGCUCGUUUCGGGUAAUUUUGACUUCAUUUUAGAAGGGAGGAGGUCGGGUCAUGUUGUCUAUCUUUACAUACAAUCAAUAAACAGUACUGAGAAUCUCCAGUCAAUCUGUAAAUUUAACCUUAGCAUGUGACCUCUAAUCCAUCCUUUUUGUCUGACCAUACAGUCAGAUAAAGAUUUAUUUAUUGCCUUGAUGUGAUGCUGAAGAAAAUUCUAUUCUUUGAAGAAAGCUUUGUGUUGCUUUUCAGAGUCUAGGAUCUAACCUGAUCUGGUCGAACAAAUUUUUAUUUCAGGUGAAAUCUAAAGUUUAAAGUUCACUAUCCUCGGUUUCAUUUUCAUGAGCGGCUCAAUUUCUUUCUCCGUCUUUAAAUGCACUUUAUUAACAAAUAUGUAAAUAAUUUGAAUAGAGCUUAUAGCCAUAAUAAAACUGUCUAAAUCCUCUUUAAUGAGUUUGUGGAAAAAUAAACCAUACAAAAAUG